UUAUGGAAGUUGGAACGCAGUUUUUUACAGCGUACCACAAUAACGUCAACAAAUUUUUGGACGUAAUAUGUCAAUGUCAAAACUUUGACGUUCUAAGUUUUAGGUUAAGUCUCGUGUGAAUAAAAUUGUUUUUAUUAUCUAAUAAAUAGUUUCUUUGCCAUUAAUACCUAACUCAUAACCAUGUCGAAAAGACCUGAACAUCAAGCUCCACCUGAAGUGUUUUACAAUGAAGAUGAAGCCCGAAAAUAUACACAAAACUCGCGUAUUAUGGACAUCCAGGCACAGAUGACAGAGAGAUGUUUAGAAUUGCUACUACUACCGGAAGAUACACCAUGUCUGCUUCUGGACAUAGGAUGUGGUUCGGGUUUAUCUGGUACUGUCCUGGAAGAAAGUGGACAUAUGUGGAUUGGCAUGGAUAUCUCACCUGCUAUGCUUGAUGUGGCGAAAGAACGGGAAACAGAGGGUGACUUGGUGCUGUCAGAUAUGGGUGAAGGAGUGCCAUUCAGAGCAGGAUGUUUUGAUGGUGCUGUCUCAGUGUCAGCCUUGCAGUGGCUAUUCAACGCUGACAAGAAGUCACACAAGCCAGUCAAAAGGCUGCAUCAAUUCUUUAGUUCCCUGUAUGCUUGUUUGUCCAGGUCAGCCAGAGCUGUGUUCCAGUUCUACCCAGAGAAUGAGAGUCAAAUGGAGCUUGUAACCUCACAAGCAAUGAAAGCUGGUUUCUAUGGUGGUGUUGUUGUAGAUUUUCCAAAUUCUGCCAAAGCAAAGAAGUUCUUUUUGGUUCUAAUGACUGGUGGAUCAGCACCAUUACCUCAAGCACUAGGUACUGAAGAAACUGACAAUAAUCUUCAAGUGAAAUAUGCUAAAAGAGAAGCCACAAGAAAUAUCCGAGGUAAACCAGUCAAAAACACAAGAGCUUGGAUAAUGGAGAAAAAAGAAAGAAGGAGGAAACAAGGCAAAGACACUAAACCUGACACAAAAUAUACAGGCAGGAAAAGAAGUGGCCGCUUCUAGAUAUUAUAUAAUUUAUUUACUAUCUACAAUGUAUAUAACUAUUAAUAAAUAAAGCUAUGUAAGUUUCUAAUUUCUUUUUAUCUUUUAACAACAUAUUUCCAGACAGUGUCCACACCACUACCUAUUGUUUCUACUGGUAUCAUAUUUGGCAAAGGGAACCUACAAGCUACUAUAACAGUAUCCUUAUCUGUCUCCUUUAUCAAUUUCUUUUCAAAGUCAUUCAUCAUUUGUUCCACACCAAAUAUCACUAUGUUAUUGUAAGGCUUCAGGUCAAACUUCCACAGAUCACGCCUGUAAAACUUGCUGCCUCUGUACAUAGGGUUUAGUACAGCUACGACCCGUGAGUAGUACACCAACCAUGGAUUUAAUUCUACUCCAUCGGCUUGAAAGCCUAGCUUGGCGGCGGUAAACACGAUCCUUCCAUCUCCAGAUCCAACGUCCAGUAGUCUUCCAGUACGACCAGCUAAUGCUUUGCUAACUCCAACAAGUUGUUCAGUAGUUGCAGGGACGUAUGGUAAACAUAUUUUUCUCAGUGCUGGUACUACAAACGGUACACAAAUAACACUCACUCCGACCGCUAGACCACCCGUAACAUAAAUUAAUAUUUUUCCUGUAGAAGAAAGCUUUUUCGAUUGUUUUGUCUGUGAAUUUUGGAGUAAUUCUAAUUCCAUUUUUUCUUAUAAACUAAAAAUAUAACAUCCCGGGAAGUUAGGUUACUCUGUGUUUGACAGUUACACUUAACAUCGUUGAAAUGACACUGACAUUAUUUUU